UCAAAAAGCUUCGUGGCAUCAAUAGACUUCAGUCGUAGUUUAGACUUCGUUUAAGAAACUAUUGUUUCUAUCUAUUUGACUAAAAAGUCUCCACUCGAAAUGGAGAAAAUUCUUAUUUUUGUGGUUUGUGUCUUGGCAAUUUGUUGUCAAAUUGUGUUAUCACAACGUACAGCAAAUGGAUAUGUUUAUAACAAUCCUAAUGGAGCUAAUUUAGGACCACACGAAUCGAACUCAGUACCUCAACAGUUAGCUCAGGACUUAAGGCCACCUCCACACCAACAACAUCAACAACUACAACAAAAUAUUGAAAAUGGUGCCCUCAGCUUACCAUUUGCACAGAAUUCUGACAACUUUGCCCUACAACAAGGAUUCAACCAACCAGCUUCCAACUUCCAGUUGCCCAAUGCACCGCAGUUACAUAAUAUCAACUAUUCACCAUCAGGACAACAAUUCAACCAACAAUCAGCUGAGAAUUUGAUGCGACUUCAGUUCGAAACUUUAGAUGGAAAUCAAGGCAAUGGCAUCGAACAAGGAUGUGGUCCAGAACCAAUUGUUGGUCAAUUUAAGCCAGAAUUAGUCGAUUUGGCCAAUGGUGGACCUUUGACUCGAAUGAUCACAACUUGUGGUCCAAAUGGUGAUUGUAAGUCAAUUGCUUUGCAAUCGGAUUUAAAUCGAGCUCAGGGAGUUCUUUCACAACAACAAUCGAAUCGAAAUCAAAAUAGUCCACCCCAAAUAGGACCUCAUGAGACGUAUUUAGUUCAUAUUGAGAGUCGUGGAAGGGGAAAUGUUGGAACGGCUGUUGGUGCUGCUGGGCCAGUGCCAGCGUUGGUUAGACCUCGCAACAGGAGAUUGAUUCAAUAUUCAGAAAUACUUCAGGAUGAUCCUUAUAAUUAA